AUUGUGGAUGGUUGAUUUUCAUUAUCAUGGGAACUGUGUUAUAUUGUGCAAAAGCAAAAGGCAUGGCUCCACAGUUAACACUAAAAAGUUGUGUUAUUUAUCAGCUUUAAUACAUUAAGAUCUUAGGUGAGAACAAUGCUCAAAUGAUUAUUUAUUAACUAUAUUAUAACUAUACUAUAUAACCAAAAACAGUCCUGCAAGGUGAAAACACUAAACAGAAAAUAACCACCCACAACUAACAGUGGGAAAACAGGCUACCUAUGUAUGGUUCUCAAUCAGAGACAACGAAAGACAGCUGUCCCUGAUUGAGAACCAUACCCGGCCAAAACAUAGAAAUACAAAACCUAGACAUACAACCAUAGAAUACCCACCCACAUCACACCCCGACCAAACAAAAAAUAGAAACAUACAAAGCAAUCUACGGUCAGGGCGUGACAAGCUAUGGAAUCAUAUUUAUAUGGGACACACAGGCCAUAAAUAAACUAGCUUCGCCAUCAAAGAUCUAAUUAAAAGGCUAACUAGUUUAUUCUGUUAUGUGUUAUGUAUUAUAUGCAGAGUAAUUGCUCAUUUUAAGUUAGGUGCAGUAUUUAACACAACCACAGGUAUAAUAAGAACGAACACAAUGGUCAGUUCCAGUACUACGGAAUCAUGGGAGAUUGAGUUUCACAGUCCGUCAGUCACUCACAGCCAGACACUUUUAAGUCAUGAAAUAAAAAGCUCAAUAAUUUGUUAAGAAGUAUUCCUAUGUGCUUAUACACAAUUGUUAUUGUUGAUUGUCUUUUUUACAUAAUUAAUAACGGCAAGCAGCUAGCUAAAAAGGCACAAUGUUCACUGGGGUUGCAUCCAGCAGGAACCAAAAAGCUUACGUUAGCAUACAAUAUACUAUUGUGAAGUGCGAAUAAAUGUAACUUACUGUCUACAAGAUGAACCAAUAUACGUAACUGACUGAAAUAAAAUACGAGUUGGCCUUACAUUUGCCACAGCCCUUUUCAACCACUUUUGAUUUGGUAUAAUAAAAUAUAUAGAUGCCAAAAAAGAGUGGCAAAGUGCUGUUUUUUUAGAACAAUUUGCCUCAUGAUUUGUACAUUUGCACACAAUUUCUCCAUCCUUCUGACACAUACAGUCAAUAUCGCUUUUGAGUUCAGCACUGAUAAAGACAUUGAUAUAGAUACAUUAUAUCCCUUUAAGGAUCUGUGCAUUCUUGCAUUCUCUUCAAGGGUGGUGAAACGUAUUUUUAUAAUGUUACGACAUUCAUUUUCUGGCAGUUACAGCAUGAUGCCUGUAAAGUACCACACCCCAGGUCAUAUAAUGAUGCCCAUAGUGCUAUAUAACAAUUACUGUAUGAUAUUUUGAGAGCAAAGUCGACUUUUCUUCAUGCUUUCAAACCAGAUACUCCUAGCCUGGUCCCAGAUCUGUGUGUGCUUCAUUCCAAAUCCUUGAUUGCAUUCAGUUGCACAACUGACUAGGUAUCCCCCUUUCCUCUUCCUUUCCCUUGCCCUUGUCAUGCAAAGAGUAGUGUCAAUGAGUGGCAUGAUGGCAUGAACAGACUGGUACCCAGGCUAAGACACUCCUACACUUUCUUUUCUCAUUGUAGGAGGAUCUACAGAAAGCUCAGGUAGGCACCUUCCUUUUCUCUCACUUCUGACACGUCCGCAGUCAUUCCAGUAUGGCCACAGCCUCCUCUCCCCUCACAGACCACCUCCGUUGUUCGAUCUGCACGGAGGUUUUCACUGAGCCUGUGUCUCUCAACUGCCAGCACACCUUCUGUAAGAGCUGCAUCCAACAAAGCCUGAAGACCCUCCAGCAAUGUCCCUUGUGCGGAUCCUGCCUAUUCAGAGACUCAACCUUUGAAAUCAACAAGCCUAAACCUAAACCUAGACUUAAACAUAAACCUGAAGGGGUGGAACAGUCUUCCGAUCAUGGUGAAUGGAGACAGAGAACCACAGCAGGACAAGACAUGUGUUCCAAACACAAUGAAAUGUUGCAAUUGUUCUGUGAUACAGACAAACGGUUCAUCUGUGUUGUAUGCAGAGACGGGAGAGCCCACGCAGGACACAAGUUCAAACCUGUGAAAGAGGCGCAAGAUGAUGUCAUGGAGAGACUAGUCUCUGACUUGAUCUACCUUCAAGAGGAUAUCAACAUGGUGGUCAGGUUCCUGGAGAGCGAGCGAGGCAUCACGGCGAACACGCGGGAGAGAAACGUCAGACUCAAAGCCGAGAUAAGCUCCCAGUUUGAGGAGCUCAGAGAGCAGCUGAGACUGAGAGAGGAGCAGGCCAUGAGGGAGAUAGAGGAUAUGGACAUGGACUUUGAGACUAAACUAACCGAGAUAGAGGAAGUGUUGGCAGAAGGCUGGGAGAGACAGGCCAUCUUAAAGUCAGCGAUGAACAUUGCUGAGCCCAGGGAGUUCGUCAUGUGGUGGACAGAAAAGGGUGAGGCCGAGGCGAGGCUGGUGAGGGAGGUUGGAAAACUGCAGGGACCUUUGAUGAGGAAAUGCCCCCCUCCCAGUCCACAGAAACCCUGGACAAUCCUGGGCCUAUCUGCUACACAGCCCAAACCAUCCGUCACACUCCCCAACUCAGUCAUGAUACAACGUGGCCCAGCCGGGACAGAGUUGCAGAGCCUGCUUGGCUUCCUGGACUCAGAGGGUCUGAAGAAAAGUCUUUCCAGAAGCAUUUCUCAACCCAAAUCCAACCAUUUAGUCUUUAAAAAGAGUAAAUCUAAAAAAGACAAGGGUAAAUUUCAUGUCAGUUUUUAGAUACUGAGUCAUGUCUCAAAGUGUCUUUCCUCCUUACAAACAGAUUGUGCUCUUGUAAUCAGAUUACUUCUAUUGAUGUGAUUGAUUUGAAUGAAUAGUGUGUAUUAUUUUUAAAAGUUUUAUAGUAAUAGCUGUAUUGGUUUGAAUUGUGGCACCGAGAAACAAAUUAUUGUGUGCAUUUGGAAUGUGUAAAGAAGAUCAUGUAGAUUUUAGAUUAUAUUUAGAUUUAAUGUUUCUUUUUAGAUUUUAGCAUUAGUGAUUAAUCAAAUCAAAUCAAAGUGUAUUUGUCACGUGCUCCGAAUACAACAGGUGUUGUAUAUCACCUUAUCGUGAUAAACAGAGUAGCAGCAGCGUAAAAAGAGGGGGGUUGGGGGUGGGCACACAAUGCAAAUAGUCCGGGUAGCCAUGUGAUUACCUGUUCAGUAGUAUUAUGGCUUGGGGGUAAAAACGGUUGAGAAGCCUUUUUGUCCUAUACUUGGCAUUCCGGUACAGCUUGCCAUGCGGUAGUAGAGAGAACAGUCUAUGACUGGGGUGGCUGGGGUCUUUCACAAUUUUUAGGGCCUUCCUCUGACACCGCCUGGUGUAGAGGUCCUGGAUGGCAGGCAGCUUAGCCCCAGUAAUGUAUUGGGCCGUACGCACUACCCUCUGUAGUGCCUUGUGGUCAGAGGCCAAGCAAUUGCCGUACAAGGCAGUGAUGCAACCAUGCUCUCGAUGUUGAAGCUGUAGAACCUUUUGAGGAUCUCAGGUCCCAGGCAGGUAUAAUGCACUCAAUUCUCAAGAUCAAUGGAUUUAUAUGAAUACAUUUAAAAAAGUGUCAAACUGUGACCUAAGCUAGGAAGCCAUAAAUAUUUGAAAACAUGGUAUACAGCGCUAAACCUAUUUUAUUUAUCCUCUACAGGAUCGGUGUCCCUAAACUGGGACAGUUUUUGCUCAAUAUGCGAUAAUGUGACGAGAAUGAUGUUGUAAACAACAGACAUCUUCCGGGACAUAGAUGUCUAAUAUGGGCAGAAAGCUUAAAUUCUUGUUAAUCUAACUUCAAUAUGCGAUAAUGUGACUCGAAUGAUGUUGUAAACAACAGACAUCUUCCUGGACAUAGACGUCUUAUAUGGGCAGAAAGCUUAAAUUCUUGUUAAUCUAACUGCAGUGUCCUAUUUACAGUAGCUAUUACAGCAAGAAAAUACCAUGCUAUUGUUUAGAGGAUAGUGCACAACAACAAAACAUUUUUAGUACGGCAACUGGUUUGAUACAUUCACCUCUGAAGGUAAAUAAUGUACUUACAUUCAGUAAUCUUGCUCUGAUUUGUCAUCCUUAGGGUUCCAGAGAUAAAAUGUAGUGUAGUGUUGUUUGAUUAAAAACAUUUAUAUAUUAAAAUGUAGGAACUGGGUUCUACAGUAGAGAGAAUAAAGUAGACGGCACACGUCUAAAACGUUUGAUAUAUGACCAAUGUCCGGAUGAUGUGUGCAUGCCCAUAUUUGGGCAUCCGGUCAGGACAUUCAGACGGGAACUGAUCACGUGCUUAUGCCCAUAUAUGGGCAUCCUGACCUCUUUGAACUGGGGGGGAUGCGUUUGAACAUUUUAAAGAGUAUGGCCCCCCCACCCCCUGUUUUAUUGACCUUAGGGCUGUUGUCUAUGAAACAGGAAUGCCCGGGGUAUUGGGUGUGGCAGACGCAUUAUAAAUAAAGCCCAGAACAAGACCCAGAACAGUUUAAGUUUAAGUACCUGGCCUGUAGAGUGAACCUAUAUACGGUAGCCAAAGGAGAAGAAUAUACCGACCAGACUUUAGGAGUGGACUACGGGCUUGAAGACUGGACGGUUUAUCGCAAGGUUGUGUGUCCCGAACUGAGACUUAUCACCAAGGGCUACGAGACCCGUUGGGAAGGUACCCCAGACUCCUCAGGAAGAAUAUUUCACAGGGUGAAAAUACAGAGAAAGAAUGGACUUCCAUGUGGCUGCGUGGAGUUCUAUAUCAGCAACGAGGAAACCUGCAACCAAAACAUUUGUGAUGGAGGAUUUUAGGUUGUACACGCUUAUUCCUUUUAAAAGUUGGGAUUUAAUGGAAUUGAAAAUGUUAGAGUUGUUGGACGCUCUUUUUGUACAGAGCCAACAGCGGCAGAGCAUUGUUCAUGUAAGGAAGUGCAUAAUAUAUGCGAAUCCUGAGGAUUAUGAUUCAAAGAAGCACCGAGAAGGUACAUCCUCAGAAGGGUCAUCCCCCGAAGAAAACUAAGUACGCGGCUGCGUUAACCACGCCCUGAUACCCAAAGGACUGGUUCAACAAUAAAAGGAGUGCCCUUAAAGCCUCCAGUUCUUCAUUUCCGGAUAUAUCAUGGAUAUUCAUACCACAUACCAGGACUACGAAACGUCAUGGGGGCCAGACCAUAAGGACUCUAUGUCUCGCAGCCCAACAUUCUACUCCCCCCUAGUACUGACUCCCCCCUGGCAAGACCCGCGACACCCCCUACAUAUACACAACCUGAGGAUGUGUUUGAUGGGGUGGUCAGUACUAUUUUUGUGGACACCAUCAAGGCCUUUGUAGCCACGCUUAUAUACGUGGUGAUUGGAGAGUAUAUACGAGAAAAAUGCAUCGGUUGUGAGGUCAAUCACCACAGCCAGCGCAGGCAUCCGUGCCUAUAUGACCCCCCAAGAUACUAAAUCUUCAACCAUUUUGAGGCGCUGGUGAAAAGACUUUGGUCUUGCAGGUUUAUACCAUCGCUGGUCAGAGCCCUGGAGUCUAUGGGUCUUGUGCCGUCUAUUCCCAGAGUUUACCGAGGCUUUCCUACAUGAACUGAAGGAGGCAAUCUACAUCCACGAGAAACUCAAAGAAAUCCGACACACCCUGGUGGACGACAACAAUUACAGGGAAGCUGUGGUGGCUGAUGUGAUGACUUUCUGGCUAAAUAAACCCCAAGAGACCGAGUGACAAUUUGUUAUUUAGAUGUAACUAUGUGUAUACGAUGUUAGAGAGAAUAAAUACAUUUUUUCGUUUGAGAGAACUUACAAAUGUUAUGCAUCAAAUUAUUGAAAAUAAAGUGAACAUUGUAUCAUUCUAUACAACCCACAAUUCCUGGGCUAAUGUAGAGUGUGUGCUGAAAAUGGAACAAAUCAUGAAUCAUGUACGACAUGCGGGCGAGAGUCUACAAUGGACACAGUUGGUAUCCCGUCUUGUGGUUGAUUCUGAAGAACUAGAAACAACUCUGUCUAAGAUUUUACUUUAUUUGUUUGAAACACCAUUUAAUUGUAACAUGUAUCAUAUUUGUUGUUUAUAUACUUAUAUAUCGGACGUGUGUGUUCUAAAAAUUCAGCGACACAAGCCUGUUAAUCUAAACCAAAUAUACCGGGUGUUGCAUGCUGUGAUCGUUGAGAAAACGGGGACAUGUAUCCCUCAACGAAUUCUGAAUUGUCUGUAUAUGUAAUACAUAAUGUAUGCUU